UUGAGAUUGGCACGAAGCAAUGUUCCUAAAGUCCAGUAACCUAUCGGAAGUGAUCGAAAAACCAGAGUCGCCUGAGGACGUUGGGUCCUUACAGAGCGCACAUUUUCUGCCUCGCAAAUCCGCAUUGGGACAUCAGCCGUCCAUGGUUGCGACAGCUGGUUCAGGGUUAUUGCAGCACAUUGAGAGCAAAUCAGCGCUAAGGAAGCAGCCUUCUGCAAUAGCAGGCGCUGGAUCGGGGAUGUUCUCAGUCACAAAGUUGGACGCGCGGAAGUCAAGAGUGUCGCACUCGUUACUACCUGCCAGGAUCCCGGGAAGCAGCAGCUUGCCACCCCCACCACGCAACUCACUCACCAGCUCUCAGUCGGGACCUGCUUUUGCAAGCGGCCUACUCCCAAUAUCUGGGGGCGCAGAUGCCUUUACCACUAACCCAUCCGCAGGGCCAUCUCAAAUUGGGAAAUCACAAAGCAGACAAUCUGUUGCAGAAGAAGGAGACACCCUCGUGGCUAUACAGCCAAUAGCAGAAGAAAUACCGAAACAUCCGCCUAGUGCUCGAAGAUCCUCUGCACUUAAAGUUUUAGAUGACGGAAUGCCCGAACAGCUCGCACUGGCUGUAGCUGAGGCAGAAACAGAAGCAGAGCAGGAGCGUCUAGCUAAUCUCGCACGCUCACGCGCCCCGAAGGGCACAACGUCCAGGCGAGGUAGCCUUGCUCCUUCCCAACGCGAGAGCGUUGAAAAUAGUGGCCUAUCUAGUGAACCUCAUAGCGCGCGCCCUACCUCGCAUUUACGGGCCAUCGUUGAGCCUCAUCCCAAAAAGCAGGCACUAAAUCUAGACCGUCUUUAUCUAAAUGUCACCAGAUCGACAGAGGAGCGACGAGGACCAGAUCCGGGAACAUAUGACCCUUGGCCUCUGACCUGGCCGAGUAAGGAGAAAGUAAGAUCGGACCGAAAAGCGUCGGGCAAACCAGAAAAAGAUGACUGGACGAGAGCGCCUAGGAGAUUCCCAAAAUUGGGGAAGAGUACCCUUGGUCCAGCUAUAUAUGUGCCUCAGCAUCGCGGCACGCGUGACUCCCGUCCUUCCAACAAAGCAAGCGUCGUGCUGCGAAGCCGUGUGGGUAGAUUUCCAAGGACACAAGGGGGCGUUGACAAUGCCAACGUGGCUCCAGGAUCAUAUGCAGUGGAACCCUGUCAUAUUGAGCAUGGGUUUAAGCCCUGGAUCAUGCGUAUUGGUCCGCAUCUUGGGCGCAUCCUUAGUGGUGAGGAGCACACUCCAUGGGGUCCUCCUUUGAAGGUUGUACACGACUUCUCGGAUGAUCUUGAAGAGGUGACUACAUUUUCAGAAUCGCGCAAGCGAGUUGUUAAUGACAGAAUCAAACGUGAAGAGUUGGUAACCGCCGCGACAGUAGGUACUAAUGUUAAUGCGAAUGCUGUCCCUCCGUCUGCAGGAGAUUCCAAACCGGCACAUCCAUUCAGUUUGGGAUAUCUGAUUCGUCCAGUGCCAGUCCCACCUCCACUUCCUCCAACCGGUCUUCCCGCUGGAAUACCUGGCUGAUAGUCAGAAGUAGCUAUCAACUAGACUAGGGUAGCUAGGAUUGAGAUAGACCUAUAGAUGGGGCUUCAUAUCUUACUGAGCCCGAUGCUUGCAACUUGGUAACUUCAAGAAGUUCCCAAGAUUCAAA